AUGACUUGGUUAUAUGACUCAGGUAACAAGGUCAAGCUCAAGAUGCAAGCGGAUGAUGCUACUGAUCCCGCUCACUCUCCUGCUCCUGAUCCUGCUCUGUCUCUGUCUCCUACUCCUGCUCUUUUGCCUGAUCCCGCUCCGUCUGCUGCUCCUGCUCCGUCUCCCAACCAGAUGACUGUCAUGUACAUGGUCAGCAGUAGUAAAACUAUGUGA